AUGUCCCUCCUUGCGCCGCGCAUGCUCGGCGCAGACCCAGAACGAGCCUCGGUCGUCCUGCCAACAGUCAAAUGCUCGUCCUGCAACCAGAGCAUUCCUCUCAACUACCUUGGCGAGCACACUUGUGCCGCUAUGCCCGCCGCGGUCCCCGUCCCCAACCGCGGCGGACCCGCGGCUCAGCAGCCCGCCAGCCCCUUCUUCCCUUCCCAAUCUCCCGUCCUCCCAUCCUCUCCCUCUCUCAACCGACCAGGAGCACCGACGACACUCGGUAACCGCCCAGGAUUCGGUUUGCCUAUCGGGCACGUCGUUCCCCCACGCUUCGCCGGCGACUACCCCGCCGAUGUGCCACACAGCGCCGUCUCUGACGCGUCCACCGGCCGAUGGCCGGCACAUGACGCCCCGCCAUCACGCAUGCCACACGCCGAGUCGAUCACUGUGCAGCUCCCAGAUACAACGAGCGGCGGUGGAGCGGGGAUGGCGGGCGUUGGGCGUCGCGCAUUCGCGGCCGCCGCUGCCUGGAACGGAGUGCCAGGUGGCCACGAACAGCGCCCAUCGCUUUCGAUCCCAGAGCCACCUCACCAGCGCACAUCACCCUCCAACUCGCCGACAGCUGUCUUCUCCAGCUCUCCACUUGCCGGACCGUCGACAGUCCGCCACACGCCAUCGCCAAACGCAGGCAUGCGUCACACUCCCCAACGCUCGCCCUCUGGCGGCCGCGAGCCCGUUAUCAUGCCAAAGGGCCCCCUGGCGAAUCGCCCCCUGCCCCAGCGCAAGCAGUCUCUGGAUGAGAGCUAUGCCCUCAACUCGCCAGAGUUGCGCUCUGCUUCUGCCUUGUCGAGCCGCAGUGCAGCGGACGCCGGGACAUCGCCCAACUUUGGCGGCCGUGGACCUUCGCCGUUCGACCACCGGCAGCGUUCUCCGGUUGAACAGAAGCGGUCACCCGAGUGGCCUACUGUUGAGCCAAAGCGGUCGCCCGUCGAGCGGACAGAACCCAGCCCGUUCUUCGACAAGUACCGACAGAUCAUGGGGAGCAAGAGCGACCAGUCGCACUUGUACUCCAACCGUGCGCCUAUGGAUGACCUCGACGACGCCCACAGCCUUGAUGGAAGCUCCGAGGAGCCGUCUGCGCUCCCAUGGGCCACACCGAUUUCGCCCGACCUCGCGUCAAAGCACACCGACCGCUUCGAGCAUCACAGGUACCCGACUGAUGGCAGCAUUGGGUCCACGACGUCGAGCUCGACAUCGUGUGGUCCUUCAGGCGACCACCGCGGUGGCGGGUCGUCAGGGCACGAAAACGAGCUCGUCAUGACACCCAGCCAGAGCUGGGAGGGCCUCGUGGACCGCAUCACCAAUGUUGCGCUCGACGGCCAGGGCAAGCCGCCUCCUGCUUAUGGUGAGGCGACUGGCCUCGGUAUCAACGACGUCAGCCUGCAGAACAGCAACAACCUCGAGCAGAUUGGCGAGGAGGAAGAGGACGAUGACUGGUACCAUGCGGCCAACCGCCGUGCUUCCACUGCCCGUCGCGUACCCCGCUCUAGCUCGCAAUCGACCGUCACCCUCGGGUCGUCUCCUCCCAGCGGCACGGCGGCGGCGGCCCACGCUGCUCCGUCUGGUGCGACCCACGCCCGGACCCGGAGCAAGACGAUCGGCGACGCCGCCCGUCCACCAAAGGGAUCGUCGCCUGACAUGCCGCCCGUCCCCCUCAGCACAUCGCCUGCGGCUUCUUCUCGCCCCAAGCGUGCCUGUGCCCGGUGCGGCGACCCAGUUGGUGGCGUCCGCCGCUUUGUCGAGCGCGACGGUGUCGUCCUCUGCGAGGCGGACUGGAAGAAGAUGUACCUCCCCGCCUGCCGGCGGUGCCGCCAGCCCAUCGAGAAGAGCGCAGUCAGCUCGUCUGAUGGCCAGCUCAAGGGAAAGUGGCACCGCUCGUGCUUUACGUGCACACGGUGCGACAAGCCUUUCGACGGCGAAGAGUUCUACGUGCACGAUGGUCGUCCGUGGUGCCAGUUCCACUAUGCCGAGGAGAAUGGCACGCUGUGCGCCGCUGCGGCCUGCCGCAAGCCGAUCGAGGGCCCGUGUAUCCUCGCACCUGCCGCCCACGCCGACGCGCACGACCAGCGCUUCCAUCCCGGCCACCUGCGCUGCGACCACCGCGGCGGGGUAUCUGGUGCUCAGACGUGCCGUGAGAGCAUGGCCGAGUACUAUGACGUCGCUGGCGGAAGGUAUUGUGAGCGGCACGCCGGCGAAGCGGUGCGCCGUGCGGCUGCCGGAGCUGUCAAUGUGCGCUCUGAAAAGCGCCGUACGCGGCUAGUCGACCUGCCACGCGGCACGCUUGCUAGGCCAUAA